UGUCUGGUCUGUGACUUAGGUGCCCUAGCUCGGGCUGGUCUCGCCUCUUCUCCGCACGCUCCGCGGCGCAGUCUUUGUGUUAUUGGUGGUAGGGGUCGCAGGGCACGUGGGUUGAGGUUUUGUUGGAAGGAGGCGAGGUUGUUACAGCCUAGAGGAGGGCGGGGUUUCGGGCCCGCGCUCGGGGUAGGGCGAGAGCGGGGUGGGGGUCUCCCCGGAGGCAGGGUAAAGGUCACGUGGGCAGGGAGCUGCAGGUCGCCGUCGCCGCCUGGCUGGGGGUCCGAAUGAUGACAGGUGCCUGUUCGGUAGCCUGUCUGAACAGGGUUCCGCCCCUGGGCGAGAUUGGGCUAGUUCAGUGGACAGGUUGACUCAGCUUUUCCUCUUGGGCUGGUCAAGUUCGGACAAGUUCCGAGUCUGCAGUAAGAGGAGCUAAGCCCGGACUUGCCUCCAGCUGAGGCUAUUUAAAAACCAUGCCUUUUGUCAGCUGUGUUCAUUGGCGAUCACUGACAGCACAGCACCUUUUUCUGUACUACUAAUCCAGGCAGAUGUGCAAUACCAACAUGUCUGUGUCUGCUACCGAUGGUGCUGCUGCAAGCACCUCACAGAUUCCUGCUUCAGAACAAGAGACCCUGGUUAGACCAAAGCCAUUGCUUUUGAAGUUGUUAAAGUCUGUUGGUGCACAAAAAGACACUUACACUAUGAAAGAGGUUAUAUUUUAUCUUGGCCAAUAUAUUAUGGCUAAACGAUUAUAUGAUGAGAAGCAACAACAUAUGGUAUAUUGUUCAAAUGAUCUUCUGGGGGAUUUGUUUGGUGAGCCAAGCUUCUCUGUGAAAGACCACAGGAAAAUAUAUACGAUGAUCUACAGAAACUUGGUAGUAGUCAAUCAGCAGGAGCCAUUGAAUUCUGGCACAUCUGUGAGUGAAAAUAGUUGUCAGCUUGAAGAUGGAAAUGAUCAAAAGGACUCUGUGCAAGAGUUACAGGAAGAGAAACCUUCAUCUUCAAAUUUGAUUUCUAGACCAACUACCUCAUCUAGAAGGAGAGCAAUCAGUGAGACAGAAGAAAAUUCAGAUGAAUUAGCCAGUGAAGGACAAAGAAAGCGCCACAGAUCCGAUAGUGUUUCCCUUUCCUUUGAUGAAAGCGUUGCGCUGUGUGUAAUAAGGGAGAUAUGUUGUGAAAGAAGCAGUAGCAGUGACUCAACAGAAACCCCAUCAAAUCCGGAUCUUGAUGCUGGUGUAAGUGAACAUUCUGGUGAUUGGUUGGACCAGGAUUCAGUUUCAGAUCAAUUCAGUGUAGAAUUUGAAGUUGAAUCUCUUGAUUCAGAAGAUUAUAACCUUAGUGAGGAAGGACAAGAGCUCUCAGAUGAAGAUGAUGAGGUGUAUCGAGUUACUGUCUAUCAGGCAGAGGAGAGUGAUACAGAUUCAUUUGAAGAUGAUCCUGAAAUUUCCUUAGCUGACUAUUGGAAGUGCACUUCAUGCAAUGAAAUGAACCCUCCUCUUCCACCGCAUUGUAACAGAUGUUGGGCACUUCGUGAGAAUUGGCUUCCUGAAGAUAAGAGGAAAGAUAAAGAGAAGACGCAUGAGAGUGCUAAACUAGAAAACACAGUGCAGGUAGAAGAGGGCUUUGAUGUUCCUGAUUGUAAAAAAACGACAGUGAAUGACUCCAAAGAGUCAUGUGUUGAGGAAAAUGAUGAUAAAAUAACACAAGCUUCCCAUUCUCAAGAAAGUGAGGACUAUUCUCAGCCAUCAACUUCCAGUAGCAUCAUUUAUAGCAGCCAAGAUGUCAGAGAGUUUGAGAGGGAAGAAACACAAGGCAAAGAAGAAAGUGUGGAAUCUAGAUAUCGCCCUAUUGCAACUGAACCUUGUGUGAUUUGCCAAGAUCGACCUAAAAAUGGUUGCAUCGUCCACGGCAAAACAGGACAUCUUAUGGCAUGCUUUACAUGUGCAAAGAAGCUAAAAAAAAGAAAUAAGCCCUGCCCAGUAUGUAGACAACCAAUUCAAAUGAUUGUGUUAACUUAUUUCCUCUAGUUGACCUGUCUAUAAAAGUAAAAUUAUAUAUUUCUAUCUAUAUAAACCUAAAAAUUCAGACAGUUAUUUUGCCAAAAUGAAAUUUAUUUUUAUUUUUUUAAAUACAUAAAGUGAGAAAGUAUCUCAGUCCAUAUCAAUUUCUUUAGUGUAAUUUUCCUACUUUGGGGGAAGGGUAGUGAAUAUUCACCUUCUUUUAGGAAAAUUUCACAUCUGUUUAUUUUGGAGUUUUAAUAUAAUUUAAAUUGGAUUUAUAGCUCAUACUUUACCUUUCCCCCUCGUGUUUUAAAUCAUUUCUAUUUUAUCUUAAAUGAGAAAUACCUGUUUUUUUUCCCCCCUAUAAGUAGGACAUUUUAGAUGUAAUUUAUUUAGUGUCUUUUAUGUAAGGAGAUAGCGUUUGUGUGCAAGAUUUAAUAUUUAAAUUUUAGAUACUCUUAAGCCCCCUAGUCCUUGGUUUCUCUGCUGUCUCAGAGCCUCUUAAAAUAUUCUUACCAAUAAAAAAUUGUAGUAGUAUUUGGUGCUAAAAAUGUACUUCUUACUGUCCAAUUCCUUUCACAUAGGAAAGGAUAUAGAUGGUAAUUAAGGGAGUAAUGUCAGUUAAGAAGCCUUUGUACAUCUAUGUUCACAGUAUCACUAUUCACAGUAGCAAAAAGAUGGAAACAGUCUAAGUGCUCGGCAGCAAAUGAAUGGAUAAACAAAAUGUGGUGCAUACAUACAGUGGAAUACUAUUCAGCCGUUAAAAAAAGUCCUGAGGCAUGCUACAACAUGGAUGAACCUUGAAGACAUUACGCUGAAUGAAAUAACUCAAUCACAAAAGGACAAAUACUGUGUGGUCUCACUGGUGCUUAUCUAUGGUGGGAGGGGAGAGGGAGAGAGGGAAUCAGUUCUCUAGCAGGUAAUUUAUGUCUAUGGUGAUGGGAAAAUUAGCAUUGAUUGAGGGUAAUGGUUACAAAACUUGGCUGAAGUAACUGAUACCAUUAAGUUUUACACUAGAAAAAGGACAGAAUAGCAAAUGUUGUAUUUUAUAACAACAGCAAACUCGCUGCCUCGGGGGUGGGGGUGGGGGAAAGAUGCAGUUGCUGAUACUACUUGGGUACAACCAAACACCUCAUGGAAUUAGGUUUCUUGGUUCCAAGGCUUAGGGUCAUGACUUCGUGGGAUUAUCUAGCCAAUUGGCUUUAAUUUAGAGUUUCUGAUCUACCACCCAGUUCUGUGACUAGUGUCUGGGGUCUUAAAAGCUUGCAAGCUGCCAUCCAAGGUACAACAACAAUUGGUCUGUCUUUGCCUAGCAGAGCAGAGGAAGAAGACAGGAACCAGAAAAGGAACUGGACUGUAGGUCCAGUUGCCUCCAUGAACUACUGCCUCCUUUGCCAUGAGACCAGAACUGGAUGGUGCCCAGCAAACAUUACUGAACUUUUUGAUCAAGGACACAAGAGAUGAGUCCUUGAUCAAAAGGGGAAGAAUGUGGAACAGAGUUUCUAGUUAUAGAAUUCAAACUGUCAUAGAAUCAAAUUUCUUAUAGAUCCACUGAGACUAGAGGAACCCCUGCAUCUUGGCCUGAGGAAAUUCUUGAAUCUUGAACCAUAACUCCCGCUGAAGUCAUCUCAAGCUAAACAGCAGUGUAGCUGAAUAUGUAGAGAAUGUUCACCUUGAGCAUUGCACUCUUCUGAAGAAUUGUAUCAGAUAUUGAUAUCAGUAACUAAAGCAUAGAUAAGUUUAUGGGGCAGUGAGUAAGUCAGUGGUGGUGAAAUAAUAUGGGUAGAGAUAGCAAGAAUGGUUACGCAUGUGAAGAAUGUAGCAAUUGUCACUGAACUGUACAUGGAGAAAUUGUUGAAUGGGGGUAUGAUUUGUAUAUUUUCACAAAAAGUAAAGGCUUUUAGCUGUCAUUUAUCCACAACAUGAAACAUUUUUAAGGUUACUUAGAAUGUGGAUUUGUCCUGAGGCGGGUGGGUUGAGGUGAAGGUCCAACCUGGCAUACCAGGCGCUUACAACAUCUUGUUUCCAGAAUUGGUGGGAAUUGUUUUCCCCCGCUAUGUGAAGAACAAUUCUAAGACCCUCUGAAGUAGCUUCUUGGGCCUGGGUCACCUGAUCGCAGAUAGUUGCCUAGCUUACAGACCUUUGCUUAAGGCCAGUUUUAGAAACCAGUGAAUUCAGGAAGAUGGUAUUUAGAAAUGAGAUAAACAGAAGAAUUGUUCAUUUUCAAACUAGAAGGAAAGGUCAUAACUCCCAUAAAUGUAUCACUUUUCUUAAAGAAUGACAGGUCAGAAUAUAAGAUUCUAAAGUAUUGCUCAACCGAGUAAGUUAACUUAUUGAUCUGUAUAUAAAUAUGGUGACUAACCAAAGCUUUAUGCAAAUGAAGUUGGGUUUUGAUUUAAGUCCAGUAUUUUUCCGCUGUGUAUGACAGUUGUCCAUCCUCAGGAUGAGGACAAUAAAAUUUUAAGUUUGGAGUGGAACUGAAGGAUAGUUUUAUACAGCUACUUUGUAUGCUAGUUACUAGCAGUAGAUUGUUACAACUUCACACCCCGCCCCAAACAUGGCUUACCAAUGUAUAUGUUAGUAGGAAACAAAUGGCUGAGAGCAUCAGUACUUUAGCCAAAGAACUGUUUUCAAAUACAGUAUAGCUUUAUUAAUUUUGGAUUUUCUGAUACUUCAACUAGAACUAAAACAGAAUUAAUCCUUAUCAAGGAGAGCUGAUAGUAUAAAUGAAAUGAUGUACAGAGUAUAUCUUCGUAUGCAGUGAUUUAUGCGGUGUACAAAACAUUGAGAUCUAAGUGUAGAUAGAGUCUCAUGCGUAUAUGUGGAUUACUAAUGUUUUGAUUGUCUAAAUUUUUAGGUCUAUAGUAUACAUAUUUAUUGAUUCACAAAUGCUUUAUUAAAUGUUUGAUUAAAAAUGUUUCAGGAGUGAUUAUUAGAUCUUAUAAACCUAAUAUUUUCAGAUUCAUGAAAGUUUUGCUAAAAUAAAAAUUCUAUUAUCUGUUUGGGUAAUUGGAAUAUGUUUCUUUGUUUGGCAUGGCCAUGCCUGCCCACUCUGGAAGUAUACAUAUCACUGGGCAGCUUGAUUGCAGUUGGGAGCCUCCAAGACAUUGACUAAGACCAACUUGAGAGCAUGAUUUUGCUAAGGGCAGGAAAUGCUGUUUUCUCUCAGUUUUGCUCACUUGUGCCACCACCUGGCAGACUGGCUGAAGUGCUUUCUCAACAAGUGAUUGUGAACAGUCCAGAAGGGGUGUAGUUGGGACAGGGAGGGAGCUAGGGCUGGCCGCCCUGUGGUGACAUGAAAAGCCCUGAUGUGAUUGCCAGUUUACUCCUCUGGAUCACCUGUGAGACUGAAUUCCAUGAGGCUGAGAACCUCGUUUGUCACGCAUGUAUGUAGGUGUUUAGUAAGAAUUUACUGAAGGAAUCCAAGUGUUGGGACCUUCAAAGCAGGAACCCGUGGACCUCAAAGCCAGAACAGGAUUAGCUAUUGGCAUCAUCUUGUUUAGGUUUUUAUUUUUGUUUCUAAUAAGGGUUUUAAAGAUACUAAUUGGUGUGUAGGUCGGUAGACUCAUGAUUAUAAAUAAUACAAGUUGUCAUGGCAUUGUAUUGUGAAAAGUUUGUAGUGGCACUUUCUGGUUUGGGUUCAGAGUUGGGUUUUAAUACAAUAUUUACAAAAUAUUUCUUCAGCUUAGGAAAGUACCAGUUGUUUAUGUUAGUGGCCAUAUUGCCUAUCUAUGUGUAAGUAUUUUUUGACAUUUACAGAUGAUGUUUUAAAAGUAUCUGAAAACACCAGCACAUAGAAGAUGCCCAAAAGUGUUGAAUAUGUUAAUGAGCUGUAAAAGUGACACUAGCAGAGUGGAACUGAUAAAAAGCAACAGAAAAUAGAACAAGAGUAGUGAAGUGAUAAGCAGUUGGGAAAAGCCCCCGUGUGUUUUGGAAUGUAUUACUGUUAGAGUAAUACUGUUUUGGAUAAAACCAUACUGGACUGGUUUUAGGAGGGCGUGAUAUUAAAACAUAGUUGCAAUUUUCCUCUCAUCCUUUUUUCAGUCCCACAUUUGUACUUCUGUAGAAUAUGACUCCAUACUUAAAAACCCUGCCAACAGCUUAAAGAUAACUUACCAAAAUAGUACCUUUCACAUUCCUAAUUUCAAAACUUCAGCCCUUUCUAUUUUAUCCAUUACUGUCAUGUUAGAUAAAUUUCAUCUAUUUCUCGGGAUUAGGUUUUAGUACUUUUGUGUUUUGGUGCACGCCUUCCGAGACCACCACCCUUUAUUAGACCUUUCUUCUAGAUCAGAGUAUUAUCUUCCUAAAUUAACUUCACUGCCUUUGAUCUCCCCCAUUUUGGGUUCAUUCAUAGGUAAUUUAUGGAUAACUUUGUGUCACUUCUCUGAUUUAAAUAUUGAAAAAAAACCUUUAAUUAUUGCUUGUUGGAUAAAAUGUCAGAUGUUCUGCCUUUUUAGACUUGGAGCUGUCUCUGAAAUGGAUGCCAUUCUCUUCGCAAACCCUUUUUGCUGCAACAAAGUUCAUAAGCUCCUGACUCUCACAGGACUUGAUUUUGUUUCAUUCUAGUGUAGUGAGAAGGACUAAAUCAAAUCACCGAUCUGGUACUUAACUUGCUUCGUGACCUUGGAAUUAGAGAUAAUAAAAGUAUAGAGCCUAGGAUGGGGUCUGGCUGGUAGUAAGCACUUUUAUAAGGAGCUUGAUUAAGCGCUCAGCUGCUAACAAAAAGAUCAGCAGUUUGAACCCACCAGUGGCUCCACGGGAGAAAGAUGUGGCGGUCUGCUUCCCUACAGAUUA